AUGCUCCCGGUCCUGGAGGAGCAGCACGAAUGAUGACGAUGUUCUCUAGCUUGCCACGACCCGGUAUCAAGACGACGGGCACCAAGGCAUGGUGCCCAUCGAUCUUUGGAGGAUUUUGAGUCGUUCCCCGAAGUGGCAACAACUCAACAAUCCCGACGGCGGAUCGUUGCGGAAAAGAUCCACCGUCGAUGCCGAGGUUGAGGUCGACGAGACUAUCGGUUCUACCGAUCAAAUCCCUCCCUUCAACGUUGCGGAUUCCGAUGACGAGGACCCCAUUCCACGGCCGAUCGGAAGAAAGAAGGCAAAAUCCAUUGCCUCUGGUUCGAGAGGGUCCGCCUCUGUUUCCGCUUCUUCCCGCGACGAAAUCGGCCGGGAAAUGGUUGAACAACUUCGGGCGUUCAAUCUCCGAGAACAAGAGAGGUUGAAGCUAAAGGAGAAGGAGUUGAAGCUAAAGGAGCAGGAGGCCGAGAUGAAAGUCAUGCAAACCGACCCCGGGGCGUUGUCGGAGUUUGGACUAAUGAUCUACGAGCAAAGAAUGAGAGAGAUCAAGGAGAAAUAUAAUUUACCUUAGUUUUUUUAUUAAUGUAUCUUUUUUUAAAUUAUUGUCGCUUUUUUUUAUUUAAUUAAUGUAUUUUUUUAUUAUUCGUGUUUCAAUUUAAUUAAAUAAUAAAUUAAUUACAUUUUAUUAAUUUAAUUUUAGAAGAUGUAUAUUUAAAAAUGUAAAAAAUGAAGGUUUGAAGCCCCA